CGCGAGCAGAACCUAGCGGCACUGAAGCUACUGCCAGAGUGGAUGGUAGUUAUGAAAGUAGUCGUUAUACACCUCGAUAUUGGACGAGCUGCCGACAGCGGUCUGUUUGGGCUAUUAGGAGAUGAGAUCAUACAAGUGGUAGACGCCGCUCUGCCAUUGGCUUCGCAGCUGUAUGAGUUGGCCGAGUAUUGUGAACGUGAUGCCUCCAUCACGACUGCCCAGGACUUUACUCGAACGUCUGCAAACGACAUGGAUGCCAUGGUGAAGCGUAGAGCCUUCGAAAUUUUCCAUGAUGAUGAGGUAGGCAAGCGUCUGCGGCCAGCUAUCAUGUUUAGGCUGUGUACAGAGAUGUGUAAUCAC